AUGUCGCAAGUUUGUUUUAUUUGUAAUAAACAUCUAAAUGAAACUGAAAUAGUUAUUGUUGAACGUGGAAUUCAAACUUUGAUUGAUUCAAGUGUUGAAAGAAAUGACGGACAUUUUGAAUAUUUAAAAGACAAGCAAUCUGUGGCAAUCCAUGUGCGGUGUCGUAAAAUGUACACUCGUAAAAGCAGUAUUGCUACAGCUAAAAGGCAAAGAGAGACAGAAGCUGAGUGUGAUUUCAGCAAACGAGUUUGUAGAAACAGCUCAUAUUCCUAUUCGAAUCUAUCAGAAUUACUGUGUAGCAGGAUAUAG